AUGAGCGAGGCGGAGGGCGGCUCGGCCGCCGCCGUGGAGAAGCCGGCGCUGCCCACGGCCGGGCCCGGGGCUGCCGCGGCGGUCGCUGCCGCUGUUGCAGCCGCGGCGGCGGCGGCGGCGGCAGGCGGGCCGGAGCCCGGCGCGCCGGCGGAGGAGGCGGCGGUGGUGUGGAGCCCGGAGGUGGAGGUGUGCCUGUUCCACGCCAUGCUGGGCCACAAGCCCGUAGGUGUGAAUCGCCAUUUCCACAUGAUUUGUAUCCGGGAUAAAUUCAGCCAGAAUAUCGGACGGCAGAUCUCAUCCAAAGUGAUCUGGGACCAUCUGAGCACCAUGUAUGAUAUGCAGGCUCUUCAUGAAUCUGAGAUUCUUCCAUUCCCCAAUAUAGAGAAGAAUUUUGCUCUUCCUGACGAAAUGAUUCAAGAAGUGAGAGAAGGAAAAGUAAUGAUGGAAGAAGAAGUGAAAGAGGACAUUUUAAAAGAAGAGAUGGAAACACAUGCAGGUCCUGAAGAAGUUUUUGCACCCUCUGGAAGUUUAGCAAAAACAACUGAAAAGCCAAGCAGCAAAGAGAAAGAGAAAACUUCAUCAGAUCCUGGAUCCAAAGAAGGGUCUGAUAAGAGGAAGCGCAACAGAGUCACCGAGAAGGUUCUAAAUGCCAACAGCAACCCCUCGAGUCCCAGCGCCGCCAAACGACGCAGGACAUAGAGCUGAGAGCAGUGAAAAACUCGGGGAUGGGAGGAGGGAGCAGGAGAAACAAGGAGCAGCACAGCUGCUACGUGAACUUUGGGAGGAAGUAAAAGAUAGCUGAGCCAGUAUCUGAGGAAUCUGCACAUUGGCUUUGUCUCUCCUGGGCUGUUUCCUGGGAGCAGCGAGGAGCCGCCUUCCCGGGGUGUGGGGACAAAGCUGGCAGUGGGGAGGGUGGGUGUGACAGUGCCAGGGCUGCAUUUCAAACCAGCAACACACUCUGGGUCAGCACAGCUCGUGGAAGGAGUGCCCCAUGGGGCACAGGGCCUUGGAGCAUCCAAAGCAGAGGUGAUUUCUGUAAAUGUGGGGUUGCUUUUUCUGCCUUUGCUGUCUGUGACUCUUACAGACCAUCUGUGGGUAAUGUUUGGCCAUUUCCCUUCCAUUUGUAUCAAAUGUCUCAAUUUGUUGGUUCAGUAAAACUAAAAUUCUUCUAAAUGCAGAUAACCACUGCAUUUGAAAUGUUCUGUUACUCUCUUUGCUGGAGGAACCUCAUUUCACCCUUUUUGAUGGAACAUUUUUCCAUGUGAAAAUUAUAAUGCCCCUAGCCCAAAUAAUGAGUAAGUGUCCUAAAUAAAAAAUCUGGUGAUGACACAUGGUUUUAUAAGGGAUCAGCUGAGCUGUGCAUGAACAUGGAGGUGUUGCUUCAUCCAUUUGUAAUACAGUAGUGUAUGACAGUGGGGUUUGUACUUAAUUAUUUAUUUUUUUAAAGCAGUUUUAGUAGAUGUGAAUGGAAUUGGUUUUCCAAAACGUUCUUUUUGUUCUACAACUGAAGAAUCUUGCUGACAUUGUAAUGCUUAUCUUUUAUAUGCUAGAACAUUGAGAUUUGAUGAAGUUACUAUUUUUGUGUUGUCAAAAGAUGGAUGGCAGUCAACAAACACCUGUUAAAUGGUGAAUGAAGCAGGCUGAAAUGGUACUGAAUUUGUUUCACUAUAUUAACUAUCAGUUAAUAAAAGGAAGAAUUACUUCUUAGUCUCUCAGUAUUGCCUUCAAGGUGAGGCACUAGGAGUCUUCUCAUCUUUUAGGUUUUGUUUUAGGUACAUAGCCAAGUUCUUGUCUGCCUAAUUUGCUUCUCUUGUUUUAUACAAAGAAUAAAUUUGACUUGUUUUUAUUUUACUAAAUGGCAGUUGUUGUGUGACUUGAUUAAAAUCUGGUCCAGCUUAUUUUAAAAGUAAUUUAGCAUUAAGUGCUGGUUACUUUAUCACAAUCUACACCGAUUUUGGCCAUAAAGUGCAGAUUUUGUAACAAGUCUCAUGUUCCUGUGGGAAAAUCCUUCUCAUCAAUGGGAUUCUAAUCAAAAAUCGUUGCUCUACCAA